CGGGAUCGCGCAGCUUGGCAGCGGAACACAGCGGAUGAGUCGUAACGAGCAAGGAACUCUGCAGUCUACAUUAUAACAAGCACCGAAGCAGCAAUUGUGGAAGAAUUCAUUUCAUGAUUUGACGUCAACACUGCCAAAAUGUCUGUCCAAGAUCAUGCUCCUUUAUCGCAGAGAGCUGUGCCCCAUAUGAAUCGUCUCUCUGGCACACACGUCCUCGUAUUCGGCGGAUCUUCUGGCAUUGGUUUUGCAAUUGCCAGCAUGGCACUGUCAAACGGAGCUACUGUUAUCAUCUCUGGAUCCCAGCAAGCAAAGAUCGAAGACAAGGUCCAUCUUCUUCGAUCUCUGUAUUCAUCUCUUCCUUCAGAAAACGUCAUUGGCUACGCGAUCGACUUAAAAGAUUCCGAAAACCUCGAUUCAAAUCUAAGAACGAUGUUUGAGACAGUUACAUCGAACGGCAGCAAAAAGUUGGAUCAUAUCGCAUUCACAGCAGGAGACCACCAUUCGAUACCCAAGCUUUCAGAUAUCACCCUUGAGCAAGCCAUGCUUGGUUCUAAAAUCCGACUUAUCGCGCCCUUGUUUAUCGCUAAACUCAUCAGCACCGGAGCGUACAUGCAUCUUACGUCAAAUUCAUCCUUCACGCUCACGGGAGGAAUCGGAACUACAAAGCCUCUGCCUGGAUGGCUAAUUCCGACAGUCUGGGGAGCAUCUGCAGAAGGAUUAUCGCGUGGGCUUGCAGUCGAUCUUGCGCCGCUUCGGGUGAACAUCGUCAAACCUGGUGCAAUCGAGACAGAAAUGCUGCAAGGAUUGUUAGCCCCGAUGCCGAUAGAGGCAAAGGAAGGCAUGAAGAAGCAACUCAAUCUACUAGGUACCUUUGGUCAACCAGAGGACAUUGCUGAAGCGUAUGGCUGGAUUAUGAAGGAUCGCUUUGUGACAGGCACUGAAAUAGCUGUAGAUGGUGGACAGAUGCUUCUAAGCAAAUAGCUAGGAAUAACAUCUAUUGUAUUAUUGUUAGGACUUAGUUCUACUCUACUGCGCCAAGGCAACCAAAUAGGUAGAAAUAAUAAACGAUAGUUAAU